UCAAACUCUUUGUGCCCUUACAUACGGCGGAUUUCCUCCGCCGACGGUUUUCUUUUCUCCCUUCGCCAAUUUCGCUUUGUCUUCUAUCUUUCUCUUCUAUAUAAAGAGGAGAAAAAAAGAAGACACUUGUAAUUGUUUUUCUCUUUUAUUUGUGUCUUUCGAACAGGGUUAUUCUCUCUCUCCAAAAUGGCGGAAUUUAAGAGCAAGUUUGAAUCCAUAAGGGAAUGGGUUGUCGAUCACAAGCUUAGAGCUGUUGGGUGUUUGUGGCUUAGCGGUAUUGCGGGUUCCAUUGCUUACAAUUGGUCUCAACCCAACAUGAAAACCAGCGUUAAGAUCAUUCACGCUAGGUUGCACGCACAAGCCCUUACAUUAGCUGCAUUAGCUGGUGCUGCAGUGGUUGAAUACUAUGAUCAUAGGAACCGGACCAAAGCCGAUCCGUAUGCAAGUUACCUCUCAGUUGAUGCAUACUCUCACAAGGAGUAGAUGAUAUGUUUUAGUUCUAUAACUUACUCGGUUUAAUAUAUAUAUAUAUAUAUAUAUUUGUUUGCCCUUAAUGGAUGGAUGGUUAAUUCCAACUGUGUCACUUGUCUGAAUUCUAUGAAAAUGAACACAUUUGAAUGGUUUUA